GAAAACAUCAGGAAGUCUCGCGUAUUUGAGAGCAAAAACGUGUUUUUCACUAAUUCCCUCAUCACUUGAAUUAUUUUGAGUUCCCUGUGACGACACUCGGCAGAGCACUCGCAUGAGUUAUCGGUCAGUUGCAGCAGACCAAAAUGGCGCAAAAUAACUUUGCAUUUAUUGCUUUGUUGGUUGUAACGUCAACAGUUAUAUUGGCUAGUGCUGAUGAACUAACGAAAACUGUGGAAUUCAACGUAAAACCCGGCGGAAUGGUGCAUACGUUCUCUGAGAAAAUGAGAGAAUAUGAAUGUUCAUUCACGUAUGCAUCACAAGGGGGAACCAACGAGCAAUGGCUGAUGAGUGUGAGCCUGAGCGAUGACGACAGUCUGUUCUCCUGUUCUUUGUGGAGACCCCAAGGGAAGUCCUACCUGUUUUUCACACAGUUCAAGGCUGAGCUGAAAGGAGCAAAGAUUGAGUAUGCCAGUGCAUAUUCCCAGACUGUGGCGGGAGGACAGAGGGAUGUGACUUUGAAGGAAGAUGAAUUCACUGUGGGGGAUUCUACAGUGACCCACAAAGAUGGAAAGUUCCGCGCUGAGCUCUCCAAACUGACUAUUAUUGGCCGGACACGACGCGAUGAGCUUUGAUUGGCUGGAAAUCCGAAUGACUGUUGUAAUAUCAUCAAAUGGUGACAUCCAGGCGUGCUCUCAAGGCAGGCCAUUGUGCUCUAAUGUCGACAACAGUGGCAAUUGAAGGACGAUAUUCAAGCACGAAGGACGAUACAGUAAUGAGUGACAGCCUUAGACGUUGGUGGUCUACAAAUAUGCUGUUGAAUAAAUCUAUUGUUUUUUAUUUGGAGUAUUAUGGUUUUACAUGGAAAAUUCAUUAUGUUCCAUACUGUAUGAGAAUGCAUAUUGGGAUGUCUGAUCUUAACGGGUGUAGAGAGAUAUAGGUUCAGAGGAUUUAUUGGUCUUAUGCUAAGCCAGGGAAAUGUGAGAAAUCAUUUGUCUUCAUCGUGCGCACGUUAAGAUAUAUACAUUUUCCCAAUCUGCUUAUUCUCUAAGCAAGUGAAUGGUUAGUACAGAUAAUGUAGAGCAUGGAGCCCCAGUUUCUAUGUUCUUUUGAUCUAGAUAGAGCACCUGAUUCAACCAACCAAUCAGCAUUCAAUGCAGUUGAUUUAGUUUUUCUCCCUACUCUCUGUCCUACCAACAGUCUUAAUGAAGCUAGGUGGAGCUUUAGAACAGAUGCUUAUUUGGCCUAUCAGGAUUAGAGACAUAUUGCCUUGAUGUAGAGGAUAGUUAGCUUGCCAGCACAUACCAGGUUCAUCCCUGUCUGUCUAGAGGAGGCCCUCACUCAGCGUUGAUAGUGGAGUCCCUUGGCUCCCAAAAGGAAAUACCACCGGGCACUUGUUUUUUAAAUAUUUUAUUUUCUACUCCUUGGAUUUCUAAAUCACAAUGUGCAACUGAUGCUCCAAUAAAAGUCAUAUUGUCUGGGAAUGUGAAAUGUGUGUUCUCAUUUGUUUUGACACAGCUAAGAUUUCACACUGCUGUCCAUGCUCAGGUUUGAUGGUUUUCAGCUUGGUUUACUUUCAGAGUUCUGUGUGCUGAUCUCAUGCUCUCUUUUUAUAUUAUUAGGACACACAUUUUCAGUCCAGCAGAUUCCAACAUUAUUACGUUCCAUAUGAAAAUGUAGUUAUAACACAAAGACUAAAUUUGAUGUGCAUAAUGUUUUUGGACCGUUUGCAAACAAUGUUUAAAAAAAAAGAUAAAAUCGUUGAGUUAAUAAAGCCGAAUACAACCAUG